AUGGGUGUGCAAGACAUUAUCCACUUCGACAUAGACGCCUAUCGGGCCAAGGUCCGGAACUACGAUGAUGGGAUUGUUAGCGGCACCGUGCUGGCUCCUUCCACAGGAGGUGCUUCGAUGAUCGGCUGUGUUGCUGCAGGCUGGACAAUACACCUUGUCGAACAGAAACUUGAGGUCGUUCGAGCCGAACUGACCAGCCGUGGGCAGCCACUGCACGAGAAGAGGACCAGAGAUCACGCAUUUCUCAUGACCACCAGCAGUGUAGCGGGAGCUAUGGGUAUAGGUAUGGGCAUGGAAGGACACAUUUUGGGAACAGCUGCCGCUGCAGGGGCCAACCUCGUUGCACUUACCACAGAAAAGCUGGAUCGUGUCCAGACAGCGCCCACCCACCCAAGCCCUGAAGCUGCCAACAGCUUCCACCGCCUGAAACGGUCCCUGACUGAGAAUGCCACAUCACGCUCUCGAUCACUGCUACAUCCAUUUUCCUCCGAAGACAAAGAUCUGUUCCGCAAAUACGACGACUUGGUCACCCGCAAGAAGUCCCUAGAAGAACGAUAUCAAAAACUCCGCGAAGUCACACUGGCGGCUGCAGGCGCGAAAUGGUACUGGUACGUAGUCUACCACUGCCCUUGUGAACCAGAAACCCUCAUAAUCUCGACCCAUUCAGGCUUGUGGAUCGACUCCCUCCGUUGUAGGGACAGCCUCGGUCAAUGGGACAAACCUAUCCAACGGUGUAAUCCCCGCUGGGCCAAGGAGGGUUUGGAACGUUUUCAAAGAGACCUUGACGAGACGGAAAAGCGUUUGGAUAAGUGGAACGCGUUGGUUGUCAACGUAAGUGUUCUAGUGUUUUUUCUACGCCUCAACGAUAUUUCCUAA